AGAAGAAGAAGAAGAAGAAGAAAGCUACAGUAAAGAUGGCGGAACAGUGUAGUUACGGAACAGAAAUAUUGCUCGUGUGUUUCGUCUAGAUUCCGGUGUCACCCGGCACUGUUGUUGUCUGCCGGUGAGUGUCAGCGGGAGUCUGGUGUGCGGAUGGCUCACCGUUACCUGCGGCUGUCAGCCGGCUGCAGGAACUCCUUCCGGCUGCUGCUGCCCUCCAACGCUCCGUCCAGGCUGGUGACGUGUUCGACCGCGGCGGGGCAGGUAGAGAGGGGGCGGAGCCUGCUAAGUGAGCUGCUGGGAGUUUACAGCAGUCUGAGCUCCAGACCACCUAAAGGUUUUGAGAAAUAUUUUCCAGAAGGUCAGAAAACUCCAAAAAACACUGAGGAUGAAGCAGCAACCAAAGAUGCCAAACCUGCCAAAACUCAGGGAGCAGAAAUUAGAGGCGAAGGAGAAGCAGGAGGAGAGGGAAGUGGAGCAGGAGGUGCAGGAGGAGAGGGAGGUGGCGCAGGAGGUGCAGGAGGAGGAGGUGCAGGAGGAGAAGGAGGAAAACGAGGAGGUCGUCGGGAGGAGUCCCGCUGGUACAGCCGUCUGCAGAAGGGGGAUGUUCCCUGGGAUGAUAAAGAGUUUCGGAUGUACUUCCUGAGCGGACUGGCGUUCUGGACCACCGUCACAUAUUAUUUCUUCUUCAGGGACGGAGGACGAGAGGUCACCUGGAAGGACUUUGUCAACAACUACCUGUCCAAAGGAGUGGUGGACCACUUAGACGUGGUCAACAAGCGAUAUGUGAAAGUCGUCUUCUCUUCGGGGAAGACGCCGGGGGACGGGCAGUAUGUGUGGUUCAACAUCGGCAGCGUGGACACGUUUGAGAGGAAUCUGGAGACGGUUCAGUAUGAGCUCGGCAUUGAGCGAGAGAACAGACUGCCGGUGGUUUAUUCCUCCGAGAGUGACGGCACCUUCAUCCUGAACAUGCUACCCGUGGCGCUCAUUUUAGGCUUCAUACUGUUUACGAGGUGGCGUGGCCAGGGGGGGGGCGGCCGUCCCGGCCGCGGAAUAGGCGGGCUGUUCAGCGUCAGCGAGACGACAGCAAAGAUCCUAAAAGACGAGAUCGAUGUAAAGUUCAAAGAUGUGGCGGGCUGCGAGGAGGCCAAGCUGGAGAUCAUGGAGUUCGUCAACUUCCUGAAGAACCCCAAACAGUACGAGGACCUCGGGGCCAAGAUCCCCAAGGGCGCCAUCUUGACCGGUCCUCCGGGAACAGGAAAGACUCUACUCGCCAAAGCGACAGCCGGUGAGGCCGAUGUGCCGUUUAUCACCGUCAACGGCUCUGAGUUCUUGGAGAUGUUCGUGGGUGUCGGCCCUGCCAGGGUCAGAGAUCUGUUCGUCAUGGCGAGGAAGAAUGCUCCCUGCAUCCUCUUCAUUGAUGAGAUUGAUGCCGUCGGGCGGAAACGAGGACGGGGAAACUUUGGAGGGCAGAGCGAACAGGAGAACACGCUAAACCAGCUGCUGGUGGAGAUGGACGGGUUCAACACGGCCUCCAACGUUGUGGUUCUAGCUGGUACCAACAGACCAGACAUCCUGGACCCGGCGCUGAUGAGACCCGGGCGCUUUGACAGACAGAUCUAUAUCGGUCCUCCGGAUAUUAAAGGUCGAGCCUCCAUCUUUAAAGUGCACCUGCGUCCUCUGAAGCUGGCGAUGGACCUGGACAGAGACACUCUGUCUAAGAAGAUGGCCGCCCUCACACCUGGAUUCUCAGGUGCCGACAUUGCUAACGUCUGUAACGAGGCGGCUCUGAUUGCCGCUCGCCACCUGUCAGACGCCAUCAACCAGAAGCACUUUGAACAAGCCAUUGAGCGAGUGAUAGGAGGUCUGGAGAAGAGGACUCAGGUCCUGCAGCCGGAGGAGAAGAAGACGGUGGCGUAUCACGAGGCCGGUCACGCCGUGGCCGGAUGGUUCCUGGAGCACGCCGACCCUCUUCUAAAGGUGUCCAUCAUCCCCCGAGGGAAGGGUCUGGGCUACGCUCAGUAUCUGCCCCGAGAGCAGUACCUGUACUCCACCGAGCAGCUGCUGGACCGCAUGUGCAUGACUCUGGGAGGCCGGGUGUCCGAGGAAAUCUUCUUCGGACGCAUCACCACCGGAGCUCAGGACGACCUUCGCAAGGUCACACAGAGCGCCUACGCACAGAUUGUUCAGUUUGGGAUGAACACGAAGGUGGGUCAGGUCUCCUUCGACCUCCCCCGGCAGGGCGAGAUGGUUCUGGAGAAGCCGUACAGUGAGGCCACGGCUCGCCUCAUCGACACUGAAGUCCGGAUCCUCAUCAGCGAGGCUCACCAGAGAACGCACGCUCUGCUGAGCGACAAGAAGGCCGAGGUGGAGAAGGUGGCGCUGCGGCUGCUGGAGACGGAGGUGCUGGAUAAGAGCGACAUGGUGGAGCUGCUCGGCAAACGUCCAUUCGCAGAGAAGUCGACUUACGAGGACUUUGUGGAGGGAACCGGCGGUGUGGACGAGGACACGUCGCUGCCGGAGGGCCUGAAGGACUGGAACAAGGAGAGGAGGCUGAAGGAGGAGAGUCCGGACGAGCAGGUGGCCCGCCAGAUCUCCGGAGGAAUGCCUUUCUAGAAGCUUCUGAUGCAGAACAUGUGAGCUGGGUAAACCUCACUCCUCCGGCUCCGAUGUUCAGUCUGUGGAGACGCUGACGAAUCUGCAGAACGAUUUCCAUGUGUAAAGAGUUUCCUGUGUGACGUGUACAGUUAGUGUGUGUGAAUAAAUGACAUGAAGCCUGUGACACAGAUCUGAUGGUGAUAAUGAAACAACACAUUAGACUUUAACACUUUAUACAGUUUAUACUGACGCUGGUAAAAUGUUCGUACUUCUGCACUGAAACCUGUCGACAGUCGUCGUAUUCUUCUACAGUUCAAAGACAAACUGCCACUUUCUUGACUUGCAGAUGAUGUUUAAACGUCCGAAAAUGAUCCGUGUUCGCCUGCAGCGGUUUGUCUCUCAGAAACACUGUUUUACAUAUUCCAAUAUACAUCGCAGAACAACUCCUCAACCUGCUGCAGCCGUUUUAAAACUGAACAAAGAUGAGCAGCUCCAUGUUAAUGUGUAAUAAAAUGAAUAACGUGU